AUGCAGCCAUUGUUUUACAAACAAGAACCAACUUUCAAUAAGAACCGACCUUACCAGUUAGAGAAUUGGUGCCUUUCCUUCCCUGAGGUUGUUCAAUCGAUUGAGGAAGUGUGGAACUUGGUCAUUUUUGGUUCACCUAUGUAUACUUUGUCUCGAAAAAUGGACUCAGUUCGUAAGGUUUUAAGAAAAUGGAGUUUGAAGAAUAAAAAACUUUGGGGCAUUAAUUGGCGCCAAUUUUCAAAGGAUCUUGAAAUUGCAGGAGUAGGGGUUCAUAAUUUGCAAAGUGGUAUUCAUUACAAUUCUGUUAUUCACCAGUCAAAGGAGCAAGCGCAGUUACAUUUUCAGUACUGGUCUCAAAGAAUGAAGGAAUUGUGGGUGUCUAAGGGUGAUUGCCCUUCGAAAGUACUCUUUUCUAAGGUCAAGAAAAGACAGAAGAGAAAUGAAAUAAUUGCUUUGAAAGAUUCGCAAGGUAUUUUUCAGGAAGGUCAGGAUAAAAUUCAACAAAUUGUGGUGGACAAUUUAAAAAUUGUUUUCAAGACGAAUGAUCCUGAUAUUGACUAUAACGAAGUGGAUAAUGUCUUACGUGAAAUGGAUCUUCCUCAGCUUUCUACUCAAGACAUUUCUAGACUUUCACUUCCUUUUUCUGCUGCGGAAAUUAAAUUUUCGAUGUUUCAAAUGAAAGAUUCUAAAUCUCCUGGUCCAGACGGAAUAACAGUUGACUUUUUCAAGAAGCACUGGGACAUAGUGGGUGAUUCGAUUAUUGAUGGAAUUCAGAGUUUCUUUUCCAGUGGUUAUUUGCUUAAAGAGUGGAAUCACUCUUUGCUAGCAAUGAUACCUAAACUUGCUUCUCCGGAAGAGGUACAUCAUCUUCGUCCUAUAAGUUUGUGUAAUACUGUUUACAAAUGCAUUUCAAAAUGUCUGGUUAAUAGGCUGAAGGUUAACCUUAAUGCUCUAAUUGAUGAAAAACAACAUGCAUUUAUACCUGGGAGGUAUAUGAGUGAUAAUAUUUUACUGAGUCAUGAUAUUCUGCAUUUGAUUAAUGGAAGGAAGUUUAGUGGCCCAACUUUGGCAGCAGUUAAGAUUGAUAUGAGUAAAGCUUAUGACCGUAUACACUGGGGUUUCCUGUUGCGGGUCCUUCAAGCUUAUGGUUUCCCUUCAAAGUGGAUUCAUUUGAUUUAUCAGUGUAUUUCAACCGUGUCCUACAAGGUUUUGAUUAAUGGGAAAACUUCUACGCCUUUUAGACCUAAGUGUGGGCUAAGACAAGGAGAUCCGUUGUCACCUUAUUUAUUCCUUUUCUGCAUGGACAUCCUAGGACGCAUGCUAACGUUAGGACAGGAUAUUAAGCUAUUUCAAGAAAAUUCUUGUACAAGCAUUGGGGGUAUUCUGGAUCGUUAUUGUCGAAUUUCUGGUCAACAAUUGAACCUUGCAAAGUCUUUUAUCAAGUUCAGUCUGAACACCUCUCUUCCACAACAACAACUCUUCAAGUCUAUCUUAAGCAUGCCUCAGGUUGCAAAGUUUGGGUGUCAUUUGGGGGUUCCUAUUGAUUUUAUUGGUACAAAGCGUUCACAUUUUACUUUCUUGGUUGACAAGGUUGCUGAGUUAAUUACUUCUUGGAAUGGGGUUUUGUUAUCCCAAGUACAAAAACUGAUUCUGAUAAAUUCUGUCCUUGUUGCAACGGUUUCCCAUGUAAUGAUGAGUUUGGAACUACCUGGAGCAAUUGCAAAUAAGAUUAAUUCAAUGAUUGCAACUUUCUUCUGGGCUAAGCAAGGUCAAAAGGGAAUGCAUUGGGUUCGUAGAGAUAUUUUACAUUUACCUCGUGGAAUGGGAGGUCUGGGAAUUCGCUGUUUGUCUACGCUUAAUACAGCUUUUUUAAUGAAACAAGUCUGGAGAAUGCAUAAGAAUCCUCAACUUUUAAUAUCAAGAGUUUAUGCUGCCAAAUCAAAGUUUGCAUUAUCUGUUGGUUCCCCUAACAUUUGUCACGGUCCUAUUUCAUGGGGAAUGCGAGGUCUUCGACGAGCUGAAAAUGUUUUACAAACUGGGUGUGCUUGGAAUAUUGGGAAUGGGAGUAAUGUCGUUGCUUCAAAGGAUAAAUGGGUUCAUGGUAGGGUGCCCAUUUUUGCUUCCCACAUUCGACUAAUGGAUGCUAAGUUAUGGAAGGUCAGUCAUUUUAUACAAAGCCAAACACUUCAAUGGAAUGCUACACUUGUUAGAAAGUCUUUUGAAUAUAAGGAUGCAUCUUAUAUUCUCUCGGUUGAAUUGUCGUGUUCUACUUCACUGGAUUUCUUAUAUUGGACUAAGCAUAAUACAGGGAAUUUCACGCUUAAAACUGGGUAUGCCUUUCUUCGGGAAAUUGAUGACCAAAGACAUCAGCUAAAUAACCUGGAUACUAAAAGGUUCAUUCCUUUCUUUAAAUUACUUUGGGCGCUAAAAAUUCUCCCAAAGUGGAAAUUGUUUAUUUGGAAGCUGAUUGUCGAAGGGAUUCCGGUCAAAACAAGCUUGUUUAGACGCGGAGUUAAUUUGGAUAUCACUUGUGACUUUUGUGGGGACCACGAUGAAGACUCUCAACAUAUAUUCCGCCUUUGUAAAUUGGCUCAAGAUGUGUGGAGAAGUAGUAUGCUAGCCAUACUCUCAAAUCUUAAUGAGAAUCUUUCUAUGCAAGAUUGGAUUCUCAAUUAUAUCCAGCUUUUUAAAAGCGUGGAUGGAACAAACACUGACAGAAUAGUUACUUUUAUCGCAACCUUGUGGGCCAUUUGGAUUACACGAAAUGAAAGAGUGUUUAAUUCUCAUACUGGAGAUUUAAGUACGUUUCAGAUUCAGCUUCAGCUAGCUUUAGAGCAACACAAGGUGUUCAGGGGUAAGGACGAAGGAAAUUUGAGAUCUCUUCAUUCGACAGAUCAUACACCUGAUUACCCUCCAGGAUUUUACUUUGCAAAUAUAGGUGUGGAAAGUUUGCCAAUAUCUACAACAAUCAUUCAAAUAGAUGGAGCUUGGAAUAAAAGAAACCGAAGAGCGGGAAUGGGGUGGGUUCUUCAGCAACAACAUACAAAUGGCACGGAGAUUAUUGGAGGUUGUGACUAUGGUUUAGGCCAAUCAGCGCUUCAUGUUGAAGUUAUGGCUUGUCUCCGAGCUUUGCAAUGGGCUGUGGAUUCAUCGUAUGAGGACAUUGUGGUGUAUACUGAUUCUGCUAUUUUGGUUUCCCACUUGCAGAGAAGAGUUAAACCUAAUAUUCAGAUUCAUUGGACAAUAGAGGCGAUUCUCGACAUCGGCAAGAGUUUUAAGAAUUGCAUUAUCUACAAAGUGCAUCGUGACCAGGUUCAGCCAGCUCAUGAAUUGGCAAAGAGGGCUUCUACAUAUGGAUUGAAAUUUUCUUCGGCAAGUGGUGAUGGUUUUAAUAGUUAA